AUGGUUCCCGGCGAUCUUGAUCGCGACGAAAUUCGGCAUUUAACAGCCGCAUCCGGCGCAGCGCCUCGAGGCGGCGGCCGCGAAGGGUGUGACUUCGUCAAUGACCGCGCCGCGGCUGCACCCGCCGCCUUUGCCGCUCCGCAAGACGCGCGGCGGGAACAGACACAGCACGAUGGCGCCGGGCUGGCGUCGCGAGUCGCCACCGAAACGGCGUCUGCGGCCGAUGUCGAGCAAUGGCUUCGCGCGCUGGAAGAGGUUAGCGGCGCGGCUGACGGCGACAUUGCCGGCGCGGCGCUGGCGCCAGGCUUGCAGAUUCCCUUCGAUUUGCUCCAACAAUCUGCGGACGCCGCGUUGUUCGCUCAGCUUCAGAUGCUCUCCUCGCAGCCAUUCGACGCCGCGCCGGCACUUGGCCUUCGCGACACGGUGGUAACCAGACCUGUAACCGGCGGCGGGAGUUCCCUCGCACAGCCUGCGCGAAAUCAUUCCUUCGCGCAGAACGUUCCAAUAGCGACCUCGGGCCCAAUCGCGCGACACGGAUUUUCCGCGAUGUCGGGCGCGGAAUCACCGCGCUUAUCGCCCACUGGGAGCGUAUCAGGUCACAACCAACGGCGCUUCGCGACUCGGGGUCGUGACGGCGACGCGAGUCGCAACUAUCAGGCUUCGACCCUCACCCGACCUGGGGACUUCGCAGUAACAACCGCAUCUCAAGCGGAGUCGCGAGAGGCGUUCCCCGGCGGCGACUGUCUCUUUAGCGGCAGCGGCUCCACGUUCCCCCCAAUCUCCCCGACCGGCGGAAUCUCCCCGCGCCACCCGCCGACCCACAGUCACGGCGCGUCUACCGGCGCCGCCGCGGCGUCUCAGAAGGGGUCGCUGCUCGCCGCGCCCUCCGCCGCCGGGUCCGGCGCCCCACCGCCUUCUAAAUGCGCCAGCAGCAAGCUCGCACUGGAAAUGUUGCACAAGAUGCGGCAAGGCGGGUUAGUGUUACCGGGGGUAUCAGUACCCGGCCAGCCCUUACUCUCCGCCGCAGAUGCUGCUAUGCUCGCGAAUGAUGGCGCAUUCGCGGGUUUCGACGGCUUGGAAGACGUCAAGACAGAUAUGACGGCUUCUCGUGCUGCUCCUGCUUCAGCUUCUGCUCCUGCCCCUGCCCCAGCUCGUGUCAGUACUGCGUCUGCUGCUGCUGCUCCUGCUGCUGUUUCUGCUUCACUUUCCCGCGUUCCCCAGGCGCUGAUAGGCAUCCGGGGGCCGGACGCGUCGGGUGCACUGCUGAUCGGGAGCCGGCCAAGCCAACCUGCCAUGAGAUCUCCACGCACAAGCCCGCUGAGCCAACCCGGUGUUAGGUCACCCCGCGCAGGAGCAGGAGAGGCCGGAACCCCUGGAGAUGCGAGAGGCAGCGGGGAUGGAAGCACGCAGGCGCUGGACUCACCUCGCAUGGGCGCUUCAGGUGCAGGUGGGGCAGUGGCAGCAGCAGGAGGGGGAGGAGGAGGAGGGUCAGUACGGGCGCCAGGAGUGAAAGCCCAGGUGAUGUCCGAAGGAAGAGGAGGUGCGGGGCCUGCCACGUCAGCGCCGUUGUCGGGAGGCGGGGCGGGUUUGUCGGGUGGAUUGUCGGCGGAGGACGACUGGCGGCCGCGGAGUCGAACGCGGUUUGACGCCGAGGCGAUGCGCAAGGGGGAGAUCAAGCCACGGAGCAUGAAGGAGAGACGGCGGCGAGACAAGAUCAGCGAGGGGUUGAGGCAACUACGGCAAGCCAUCCCAGAAAGUCUGUUGGGUGCACAACAAGACAUGGGUGCUAUGAUCGAAGCAGCAGUCCUGCACAUAAGCAAUCUACAGGCUCGAGUGAGCAAGCUUGAAAGAGGUGCAGCGAUUGAAGAGAUUGUAGACAGAAUGCAGCCAUGA